GUCAGUAGUGAUACUACGAAAUAAAACUGUUUUGUCGUUGUGCUUCCUGUGAUAUCACUACGCAUUUCUGCAUUAGUUUAGCUGCGUGUCGAGGGAUGUAUAGGUCCUUUACCUUGUGUUAAUUUCGGCGCCGACGAUGGAUGCCUGGGCUUUCGCUCGUGCGAAGGAGCAGUGCCUUUCGCAGGUGGAUCGCAGCAAGAAAGGCUCCAUAGACGAGCCAGUUGCUGAAGUAGUGGACACACUCAACGCCUCAGAUCAUUUCUUCACGACCAGCUCGUGCUCAGGCCGUGUUGCAAUCUUCUGGCAAGGAGAAGAAGAUGUUGGUUGCGGUCGUCGAAAGGAAGGCAAGUGGCUGUACGUCUCUCAUGAUCCUGUCAUUCCUGCUGAUGUGGUGGCCGCUGUUGUGUCCUGCCCAGAGCAAGGCGAUGCAUGGCUGAAGUUUGAGCCGAUGGUUCUUCACGUUCAGUGUCAGUCGCUGGAGGCCGCUCAGAAACUGCUCGUGACGUCGCUGGGCUCUGGCUUUCGCAACUCCGGCAUCGUUCUGGGCAGAAAGCAGCGCUACAUCAUGGCUGUUCGGAGCACACACGGUAUGGAUGUACCACUUGUAAUCAGUGGGAAACGGCGGGUCUCUGAAGAGUAUGUGAAUCUCUUGUGUGACCUGGCGAACGACAAGAUGUCGGAGAAUGUGCAGCGAAUCGAUCGGUUAUUGCACGGUAUAGCCCCACUUAUGGCUGAAAUGCAAUCUCAACCGCUAGCCUCGAAUCAACCCGCUGCCAAAACCAAGAAGUCGAGGAAAGGCAACCGGCAGGCAACCGUGCAUGCAGACACCGCGGACGCCUGUUUGUCGUCCUCGUCGCCCGCUGCCAAUGCCGCUAGUGGUGUGCUUGCCGGCAGCUCGCCUUGCCAAGAGGUGGCGGAUGACGGCACCGUUGGAACUGCAACAUGUUCGCAAUGUGGCGUAAGCGAGAGCUAUGGCCAAGGCUGCGCGCCUAAACACCACUCGGGUGAUUCUCAUGCCCUGUCGCCAACCACAGAGGCAGACGAGCAAGUGGACAUGUUUGGAGAUUUCAUAAAUAGCCUGCCCGAUGUGACAUGACGCUGUAUGUAUCCCCCCCCCCUCUCCGUUAGACUUUAAUACCCUCAGUUUAUAUUCUUGGGUUUUAGCCGAGGGUUUUUACGUUUCUUCACCGUGAAUUGUUUGUGCUUACUGUUUGACUAUACUUGUAAAUUAGUAGUAUUUGUAAUUAUUACAUGCUGCUGGUCAGCCAUUCUCUUUAUUCUCUUCAGUAUAGCCUACAGGUGGCCUUGA